AUGGACUCUCCAGCAGCCGCUAUGGAUUCUACCUUGUCGUGGUCCAGUCCUUAUACCGGAGCAGUCCCUGGAUCAGUUCCCGCCUUAACGCCGCUCUCGAUGCCGCAUACUCCGCAUACUCCGCAUACUCCUCUACUGACCUCUGCCAUGACAUCUCCUGUUGACAGCACUCCUAUGCUUGGAUUCUGCUUUCCAGAGUUCAACUUGGAACGUCCUACCUCCAUGAAGCUUUAUCGAAGCCACUCCGAAGGAACCGUGGGUGUUUCCUCAACUAUGGCCACUCGCAAAUGCGCCCCCAAAUCUCAGCGCCGAGAAUCCAUUAAUGUCAGCAUGCCUGUUACAUACACCCCAGCUACGCACCGUAUCAGCAAAGCGAAGAAGGGGAAACGUGUCCAUGCGUGCCAAUUCCCUGGAUGUACAAAGGUGUUUACAAGAGCCGAACAUAGACGCGAACAAGAAUCUCGCGCUACUAAAUCAACAACCGGCCACAAGAGACGAAUCAGCCAAAUCUCCGAUACCUCCGAUAUUGCCCCAAUGUCUUCUCCCUCUCUUACAAUGCCUCACUCGGUCCCAACCUCCGCUCAAAUUCCUCCAAUCACUCCUGAGUUGCACUCUCUUCAAGCUGCACACUCUCCAUAUCUGAACACCCAGCUUCUUUCCCCACCGUACUGGACCAGCUUCCGAAGAGCUUCCGAUCCUGCUAUUGCGUACUCUGGCAUACCAUAUUCUAGGGGUGAUGACUCGAGUCUCUUCUCUUCUCCGGAAUGUUCCCGAUCUCCUUCUUCGGAUAGUAGCCACGGCAGCCAUUUCCCAUUCAGCACCCCACACAUUACAGGAAUCGGUAUCUUCCAUGAGCCCAUGGUCGACCAAACUCUCAUGGGUUCUUCAUUGACAUAUGACUCGAAUUUCGGCAGCUUUCAGGCGCUUGAUUCUACAGCCAUUCAAUCUUCACCACUGGUUACACUCCCAGCUGACGGUGAUAGCACGCGGAUAUGUAACCUCCCUUUGAACUGGGCUCAAACGAAUGGAUUUCCUUGCGAUGCGAACUUGCUUCCUCCAUCUGAAUCGCUUCAACCAAUAGUUGAAUGGGCAUAG